UUGAGGAUCGCGAUGGAGUGCAGAGCUGUGCCCAUUCUUCCCACCUACUCACAAGCCUGCGGUACUUCCCUGCCCCGAAAGCCGUCCCUUUGCCGCACUCUCUUCGAUUACGGACCUCUAAACGAUCCAGUGAUAAUACUCAUUACGCUAGCCGUUGUAGUGGGAUCCUUCUGCCUGCUCAGCGGUUUUAUUCUCCUCUGUGUUGUAUCGAAAGCCUGGCAGGAUGAGACCUCCGAGGCCAUUCUUCUGAUCGCGAUUGGAUUUUUUAUCACGGCCCUCUCCUGCGUAUCCUGGAAAUUAACGCGGGCCCAACGGAUAACUCAGCUGGUGGAUGCCCUCAGCACGGAAAACCAGACUAUUUGA